AUGACGGAUGUCUUUGUCCGAGGCAUACGCGAUGUCUCGAAAUUUCCCGCACUGGCCACCCGGACGACUCGAGUAACACAAAGGCUUGCAACCUCUUCCCUGUACCGAAGCUUCAGAUACCAUACGCCACGACGAAUAGCAGUCUUGGAGAGUCCGUCAAACAGCUAUGUCACUAAAGCUGCCAAGGGACUCCGUGGGAGCGGUCUUCUCGCCUCGCAAGCUGGUCGACUGCCCGUCGGAACACCAGUGUCUGGCGCAAAAUCCAGCCCAAUAAGUUAUUCUUUCCAAGCACCGGCGUCAACGCUCGGUUUACACUUGGCUGGGAGGAGCGCCGACCCAUGGCCACAGACUCGUCUAGCCCGAAUUUUAAAAAGAGGGUUCCAUCAAAGCCAGCGACGCACGCAAAAGCCGGCCUCGAGAAGAGAAGGAAUUGAACAAGAAGCAAAGAAUAAAACCUCAAAGCCUGAAGUAUCACAGGAACAAAGCACCUCCAGACCCGAGACAGGACAGAGCCAAUCCCAUCAUGAGCACUUUUAUGACAGAAUCCACAUGCCGCAGUUCCAUCGUCCGACAAAGGAAGAGCUUUUGGCUGCCGCUACUGGAUUCUGGUCGCGGCUCAAGGUUCGCUUCAAGUGGUUGACUAUUAAGAGCACCCGACCAUUUAAUGUUGAUGAGAUUGUCGGGUUCAUCUCGUGGAUUGCGCUGGGUCAUGUCAUCUGGAUUGUUGUAGGGACCACGACUUUUGUUUCGCUGGCCAUACUCGCGAUCAAUACAGUCUUCGCUCAGGAAACGUUGGCCGGCUGGAUCGGCAACUAUUUGACCAAGUCGUCCGGCCUUCACGUGGUGUUCGAAUCUGCCAUCGUCCCAAAAUGGAGUGAUGGAGUCAUCACAUUCAAGAACGUGUUUGUCUCCAGAAGACCAGGCAAAAGCAAUUCCCGAGUGACAAAGGGGUCGCCCGAGGCGGCGGCACAAGCCUCGUCUGCCGAAGACCCCGUGCCACCAGAAGAACAGAACUACACGCAGUUUGACAUCACAAUCGGCGAAGUAAACGUCACAUUAUCGUUCAGCAAGUGGUGGAACUCCAAAGGACCUCUACAAAACGUCGAGAUAAAACAUAUCCGAGGCGUGGUCGACCGGACCCACGUCUUCUGGACCGAUGAACAAAUCGACCCCAAAUCAUACCGUCACGAACAUAACCCAGGUGACUUUGAAAUCGAAUCCUUCAAGAUCGAAGAUCUUCUUGUCACCGUCCUACAGCCAGAAGGCUUCCGCCCAUUCCCCGUCAGCAUCUACAACGCAGACCUUCCCCGCCUCCGCAAACAAUGGCUCUUCUACGACUUCCUUGGAGCGAACAGCAUGACUGGCGAAUUCGACCGAUCCCUCUUUACCAUCCAUCCCCGCCAAACACACUCCUACACUGGCGCCACAUUGCAGCAUUCAGACGAUCCGUCUAAUGAACCGUGGAGGAAGCAAUCACGGAUCAGAAUCGACGCAAUGAACAUUGACCACCUUAACCGCGGUGCUGUCGGGCCGUUGUCGUGGAUCCAUGAAGGCAAUGUCGACAUCGUAGCCGACGUGAUGAUUCCAAACGACUUUGAAGAAUCCGUCAUGAAAGUCAUGACGGACUUUUACGAGCGGAUGGAAGAAGCACUGACCUCACGCAAACACGUUGACCUCAUCUCUCCUCGCGACGACGCAGACUCCGUCGCAUCCGACGACGGCGGCGGCGUUCUCUCUGCGUCCACCGAGCCCAAGGCCGUCAGGGAGGAAGACAAGCGAUACUUGGUGAUGGACCUCCGUAUCCAUCUCAACGACGUGCGCGCCGUAGUCCCCCUCUUCACCAGGGACUUGUCGUACAUCAACAACGCACUCAUACGCCCGAUCGUGGCGUACAUCAAUUCUCGGAGAACAUUUAUACCCAUCAACUGCCGCGUCGUGAAACGCCUCUCUGACUUUGACGGGAGCUGGACCGUCUUCGACUCUGGCCUGAUGGACGACUUGUCCGCCGAGGUCUACGACGCCUUCGCGAGAGACGUCACGGACGAGCAGGCACGUUUGAGACGCUUCAAAAAGGUUGGCCUGUGGAGUCUGCAACUGGCGGUCCAGGCAAUUUUCUUGGGCAUGGCGGGAAACAUUGCCUGA